AAACUGAGAUGGAAAGCGAGGUGGUGGUUCGAGGAUCUCCCUGAUGGAGCUGUUUCCAUUUACAACGAUUACACUGAGCGCAAAGAGGUUUUUUGCAGACAGGAAUGCCAAAGCGGCUACUACAUCCCCAGCAGAGAUUCUGGAGAUCCCAUCAGCUGUGGCAUCGACGGGAAGUGGGGGACCAAUCAUGCUGAGUAUCUUGUGAAUGAAGAUGACUUUGAGAUCCUGGAGUGGAAGGACGGUUACUAUGGUUCAGUGCCCCAAAACUCAGUCAGAAUAUGUGAAGGUGAAGAAACCUAUGUUGGGAAAAACAAGUAUGGUUUAGGGAAGGUGGAUCCUAAGCAAAAGUGCUUCUUCCUUCCCUGGGGACAAAGUGAAUAUUGGUACAGGAGCUACCAGGUCCUGACUGUUAACAAAGACGUUGUGAGCAACUUCAUGACCGACAUCAGAUACAACACUGAUGAUGCUAAAAUUGUCUCGUACCCUCCUGAGACCAUGCACACAUCUGUUGUCACCAACAAUGAUUGUAAUCAAGCAACACAGUCAGUAACUCUCACAAAAACGAUCCAGGUGGAGAAAAGGUGGGAUCUCAGCUCUUCCCUUACGCUCGGUGCCAAGACAGAAUUCAAAGUAGGGAUCCCCAGCAUCGUGGAAGGAAGAGUUGAAGUCAACAGUGCGUUUACGUUCCAGGCCUCAGGUGGACAUUCCAGGACAGAAGAAACCUCCACUGUUACUCUGAACGUCCCUGUCCCACCAAACCACUCCUGCACAGUGCGAAUGGUGGGUCAUAAGUAUAAGACAGACAUCCCUUUCACUGCACGCUUCAGACGCACCUACAGGAACGGGAAAACCAUAUGGACGUCCAUCUCUUCAAAGUACGACGGCGUCGAUGUUGGGGAAGUUCAUUCCGUGAUAGAUCGGUGUACACCCAUACCUAACGCCACCCCUUGCCCCUAG